CUUGCGCAGACGCAGUUUGGAAUAUUAUGGGGGAAGAAAAUAGAGAGCGCUGGCGGCGGCUCGCACACGAUGAAGAGGCGGCUUUGCUGUCGGUGAGGUACCGGCUGUGAGUGCGGGCGGAGAAUGGGGGACGGCGGGCAGGAUAUGAACGGGAACCCGCUGGGCUGCGAGCCCCACGAUGGAGACCAGGAGCUGGAGCGGGCGCUAUACCAGUGGCUACUCUGGGACCAGAACCCCAAGACAAAAGCGGAGAUUGAGAAGCUGCAGCAUGAUGGGAAGAAGAAAGAGCUGCGAGAUCGCCUAUGCUACAGAAUGACGUUUGGAACUGCGGGGCUGCGAUCGGCAAUGGGUGCAGGCUUUUCUUGCAUCAAUGACCUGACAAUCAUACAGUCCACACAGGGUUUAUUGAAAUAUCUGGAGAAGUGCUUCUCAGACCUGAAACAGAGGGGUGUUGUGAUUGGAUAUGAUACUCGAGGACAAGAGAAGAGCAGGUGUAGCAGUAUGAGACUUGCCCAGCUGACAGCUGCUGUGUUCCUCAGUCAGGACGUACCUGUGUAUUUAUUUUCUACAUAUGUGCCAACACCAUUCGUGCCCUAUGCUGUGAGGCAGCUUCAUGUUACAGCUGGGGUGAUGAUUACUGCAUCACAUAACCCCAAACAAGACAAUGGAUACAAGGUUUAUUGGGAAAAUGGAGCUCAGAUUGGUUCCCCUCAUGAUAAGAAAAUUCUACAGUGUAUUGAAGAAAGCUUGGAACCUUGGCAGGAGUCAUGGAAUGAGAACUUGUCAAACAUCAGCCCGUUGAGGAGAGACCCUCUGAAUGAGAUCUGUGCUCUUUACAUGGAGGAUCUGAAAAAAUUGUGUUUUCACAGAGAGCUUAACAGCAAGACGCCUCUCAAGUUUGUGCACACUUCUUUCCAUGGAGUUGGCCAUGAGUAUGUACAGGCAGCGUUCAAGGCAUUUGGCUUCGUUCCUCCCAUACCUGUUCCAGAACAGAAGGAUCCAGAUCCCGAGUUUUCUACUGUCAAGUGCCCCAAUCCAGAGGAGGGAGAAUGUGUGCUGGUUCUUGCAAUCAAGCUGGCAGAGAAAGAAGGGGCUCGGAUCGUAUUGGCUACAGAUCCUGAUGCAGAUAGACUGGCUGUGGCAGAACAGCAAGAGGAUGGCAUGUGGAAGAUUUUCUCUGGCAACGAGCUGGGGGCUCUUCUCGGCUGGUGGAUGUUUCACUGCUGGAGGAGUGAGCAUCUGGAUCCAGGUGAUGUGAAGAACGUGUACAUGCUGGCCACCACUGUCUCUUCCAAAAUCCUCCGGGCCCUUGCCAUUAGCGAAGGCUUUCACUUCGAGGAAACUUUGCCGGGGUUCAAGUGGAUUGGAAACCGGAUCGAUGAACUGCUGCACUGUGGAAAGGAGGUGUUGUUUGCAUUUGAAGAAUCCAUUGGCUUUAUGUGUGGCACCCUAACGCUUGAUAAGGACGGGGUGAGCGCAGCAGUAAUCGUGGCAGAAAUGGCAGCGUAUCUGGAAACCACGAGCCUCACCAUAGUCAAGCAGUUGAAAAAUAUUUACAAAACGUAUGGUUAUCACAUCUCAAGGACAUCUUAUUUUAAAUGCUAUGACCCUUCUACAAUUAAGAGAAUUUUCGAUCGGCUUCGGACAUGUGAGACAGAAAAUCAAUAUCCUCGUUUCUGUGGCCCAUUUGAGAUUUUGCACAUAAGGGAUGUAACCACAGGAUUUGAUAGCAGUCAGCUAAACAAAAAGUCGGUGCUGCCAGUCAGUAAAAACAGCCAGAUGAUUACCUUCACCUUCCUGAAUGGUUGUGUGGCCACACUCCGGGUCAGUGGCACAGAGCCGAAAAUUAAAUAUUACGCUGAGUUCUGUGCAAUCCCAGGACACAGUGACACAGACUACCUGGAAGAAGAGCUCAACAAACUGAUUGACGCAUUAGUGAGAAACUUCCUUGAGCCAGAGAAGAAUGGGCUGAUUGCACGCAUUUAAAAUGUGUCCAUCACAGUGAGAGAAUGUCUGGUGUUGGACUGAUAAAGAGAGUGAGAGUGGGGAACGCCACCAGACCUACUUGCAACAGAAGGAACUAUGUUGAAGGUGUUGCUUGCUUGACAGCUCUAUGGCAUAUUACCGAACUUGCAGUGUUUUCAGAAAAUAAGCUGGUUUUGAUCCAGAGAUGAUUUGUAGCCCAUUUUGCAGCAAGUCCUUGUUGUUCUCUGGUCUCUUCUACUUGGUAUUGUGUGUUCAUUUUCUGGAUGCAGUCCAAAACAACUAACAGCAAAUAGAAUCCAGUCCCCACUGAUACCCAGAGCACAGCCUCUUACCAUCACCAUUCAAUGGUGUGGAGACUCAGUCAGCAAGUGGCAGGGGUGUGCCCAGUGCUCAACUAUUACUUGAGUGUGCUGUACAGAUGUGCAAUCCAGCUGUCACUGAUCAAACUCACACAAUGCCACUUUUCAAUGUAUUUAUACACAGGGAAGAUUUUUUAAAAACCUGUUUUGUAUCUCCUAAGAGAUACACAAGAGAUUCUUCAGAUGCCGAGAGAUUUUGAACAACACACACAAAAUGCUGGAGGAGCACAGCAGGUCAGACAGCAUCUAUGGAGGGGAAUAAACAGCAGAUAUUUCAGGAUAAGAUCCUUCAUAGAUACUGCCUGAUUUGCAGAGUUCUUCCAGCGUUUUUGUGUGGGUUUUGUAUCCCUUUCUGCUUAAAAUUUUAUUGCUCCUUUUUAUGAAUUUGCACAAGCAAUUCAUCCCUUAUUCAAAAAGCUACAGGCGUAUUUGUUUAAGAUUUUUUUACUACCCUGUUUGCCACUUAUUGUGUUUUGUUUUGUUUUUUGCAGAAGAUAAUAGGGACAGUAGCUAAUUCAGCAGCCCUUCCUUCUGGGAGGUCAGUGGCUUGUCAGUGAAUCUGCAAAGUAAAGCAGAAGAUUUCUUCAUCUAGACUGGCAUAAACCAUCUUCAGUGCAAGGUGCAAAAUGCUGGAGGAACUCAGUGGGUCAGGUAGCAUCUAUAGAGGAGAAUAAAAAGUCGACAUUUUGAGACCUAUCAUCAGGACUAGUUUAGAUCCAAAUUGUCGACUGUUUAUUCCUCUCCAUAGAUGCUGCCUGACGUGCUGAGUUCCCUCAGCAUUUUGUGUGUGUUGCUCUGGAUUUCCAGUAUCUGAAGAAUUUCUUGUGUUUAUUCAGUACAGGGUAAGUGCUACAGGUGAUGCCACAGGUUUAUGACCCUUCUCCCAAUCGGAAUGGCUUAUGCACAGCAGACAGUCUCUCCCAUGGACAUAGCCUUCCUUACACAUUGGUCUUGGAUCAGGAGAAGCCUCCUAGCCGAGCUUCAUGAAUUACAAUUAUUGGGUAUGGCCUGGAAUACAUUAAUGUAUUUUAUUGCACAAGCUGCAGUGUUGAGAGAGGGAGCCAUUUCUUGAGGAGAACUGUUUUCUCUUGCUGCCCCUUGCUGUGAGAUGGCAUAUGACUGUCCUUCUGAGUGGACAUAUCGUGCCAGGUUAUCGUUAACCUUUCUUUAUUUGUAUCUGUGUGAUAGGACAGUACAGACCUUCAGCUUACAACCUUUUAACCUUCUCCAAGAUCAAUCUAACCCCUCCCACAUAGCCCUCCAUUUUUCUAUCAUACAUGUGCUUAUCUAAGAGCCUUUUGAAUGUCCAGAAUGUAUCUGCCUCUACCACCAUCCUCGGCAGGGUGUUCCACACACCCACCACUCUGUGUGUAAAACAAAACCUACCUCUUGACAUCUCCUCCCUUGACUUACCUGAAAAUUCUGCUGUCUCAUAUGAGCAAUAUGAUGAUGUGGGGCGUACACUGCAGUAUUACCGCAGAUAGGAAUAGUUGCUACAGAGAAUGUAGAGUACCAGGGGAAAUUCUGACUCUUUGUUGUAAUCAUACCUGUCUCUCUUUGAUCAUCUUGGGCUGAAGCAUUUUGCCAAAGGCUUGAGAGGACUUAUUUAUUUUAUUUAAUUCAUUGUGUGUGCAUUUGGUUAAACUAGAAGUCUUAUUUUACAUUUAAAAGUUUUUAUUUUAGUAUUUGCAAAAUGGAGCUUUGAUUCUUUAAGUCUUUAAUUUUAUUUAUUGAUAUACCUAGAGCAGAGUCUAUGUACCUGAGGUACGUAGCCCAGCUAUUGUAGCUGUGGUUUCUAGUCUGUGCUACGCUGUGUGAGCUGACUGCAGGCAGAAUAGCUACCGCAGUUUGUUUCUUCCCAGUUGCUGACUGACUUGUGAGCAUUUCCAGCACUUUUCAUUUAUAUUGCAGUAUCCACUAUAUUGAUUUUUUUUAUUUCCACAGUUGCUUUUCAGCUCCAGGUUAAGAAAGGAAAUGUCAUCUUGCAUUCUUCUUCAGCCCAUUACCCCUACUAGGAUUAUAGAUGGUUAAUAGCAGCUUGCUGAAGUCCUCUGGCCUGGGCCAAUCCAAGGUUGAUUGAUCCUAUCGCUUCUGCUUUCACCACACAACUUCAAAUGUCUUCUGGGAAAGGUCCUUCCUCUCCCAGGGAUGAAGCCUUUGGAUCUGUAGCUAUAGGUUUGUAUGGGAUGGAGUUGCUAGCCCCCAGCCCAACCUUUCGCAGCUGGGCUGUGGACCAUCCAUGACAGAGUAUUAUCUUGCAUGUCCCAAAGUAAUUUCUAAUUGAAAUUGGAUGCUUGCAUUUGUACGAACAUUGGCCCUGCAGUUGCUAAACUGCUGAUGUUGGUUGUCUCUUCUCAGCCAGGGGCAUGGUACAGUGGAAAUGACCUUGCAAAGGAGAUGGUGUCACAGGGACACUGGCUGGAGGGUGUGGAGAUGAUUGGGGAGUUCUUACAAAAAGCUGGCAGUCAAGAAAAGCUCUUAAACAUCACAAUAUGUAGAACUGUGGUCAGAGUCAUCAUGUGGAAAGGAGCUCUCCCUAGAACUCCAGUGGUAAAGCCAAAAAAAAACGGCUCUCAAACUUCACAAUGUGUUUAUUAAUUUGAAAUUUAAUUAAAAAAUUGAAAAAGAAAAAGAAACUCCACAAUGUUCCAAAACAGACAAAUUUCCUUAUAAAGGCCUUAUUGAGGAGCUUGCUAUUAUCUUAGAACCUGUCAGUCACAUCAGGUAACAUGACAGAAUUCUCUUUAUUAGAAGUGGCACCUUGUCAGCAAUAGUUUCCUGAAAUAUGUCCAUCCACACUAAGAGGCUCAGUUCUACAGUAAUUACAAACCUCACCUCUUGAUACUGGGGUGCUCAGAAAUGUGACCCAAGGCCUUGCUGGUCUUCCAGCAUUGUUGUCUGCAGGAGUUGCUUCCUUAGUGGAACAACUUAUCAGCUGUUGGAGGAACUUAAGUUCAGGCAGUGAGCAGCCAACAGAUGAAAGCUCGAGGCUGUUCAUCUAGACCACACGAAAGGUCUUCACCCAAGAUAUCAACUGCUCGUUUCCCUUCACAGAUACUGUCUGACCUGCUGAGUUCCUCCUGCAUCUUGUUUCUUUAUGCAUAUGACCCUAUAUCCAAUCUCCUGAAUUAAGGUAAUUUUAAAAAUGGCUUAGCCUGGCCCUCUAGGUCCUUCCCAGUAUCAAAUUCCCCACCUCUCCAAUCUCUUGCAAGAGUCUUAUGUAACAUCCAUAUUUCCAUCACUCACUAUACCUUUUCUAAAAUAUUUCAAACUCUUGUGUUUAGUGAUGGCAUCUUCCAGGUUAACACACAAAAAAGGGAAACACCUGUAUAAAUCAUGUGUUAAUUUCAUCCUUACUGCAAAAGUUGAAGUUAAUUGUCAUUCAACCAUGCAUAUGGAUAGAGCUAAAGAAAACAGUGUUCAUCCAGGGCCGUGCAAAACACACCCACACAGCACACACAAAAUGCUGGUGGAACACAGCAGGCAAUUGGCUCUUGAGCAUAGAAUUCCAUUAUUAAUACAGCUCAAUAAAUAUACAUCAGAAUUCAUACAUCUUGAGUUGUAGUAAAGUAUUUGCAAUAUCUGGCAAAAUUGAAAUUACAGAGCGGCACCAAUUCAACUCCACCAUGGACAGUCCCAAGCUCAGCUGCAAAAGGGCAUGGGACUAACAACCUCAUCCCAUAAAAAUCCAGAGCUACAGAAACACCAACAGAAGCUCCAAAGACCUUGUCCCUGGGAGAGGAAGGGUCUUUGCCUAAGGCAAAGGUCUCUGGUGAGCUGCAUUUGGUGCCUAUGCCCCAGAAAGGGUGAUGGGCUUAAGUAAGUAAGUCGCUUAAGUUAGAUUUCAUUUUUCUCAAUAAUAAAUCACUCAUCACCCCUAAUGAUGCAUAGGUCACUGACGGUAACUCAUCAGAGACCCCUGUCCUGGGCCAGUCUUUCAUUUUGUCUCUAAGUGUAGCCCAUCAUGGUGUAUUCCUCCUUUCUCAGGAAUGAGGCUUUGGAACUUAUGUUGGCAUUCCUGUAUAACUAAAUGAGGAAUGAGGUUGCUAGUCCCAUGCAUAGCCCUACUCCUUUCACAGCCAGUCUUGGGACUGUCCAGGCUGAGUUAAUUAUUAUUCUCUGGGGCUAUAGCUUGACUGGGACUCUCAGUACAGUUGCCUACAGCAGAUCUGAGCAAGUGACCUUUCCCAAGGUACUGUGGUGAAGCUGUUUACUAGAAAGAGGAAUUAGACUGCCAGCAUUCUGUGUGGUGUUUAGUAUGUUACAAUUUUCAAUUAAACUUCUUUUCAAAGUAAUUUAUUUGAGAAUUUUAAGUAAUGGAGAACCAUUACUUAAUUAAAAUCAUAUGAAAAUAUGUGGAAGGUCUUGCACUAUGUGAAAUGCUGCUUAAACUCUUCCAUUGUCUCGUAUGAAAGAUGUUCAGUGUUACUGCAUAAAGGUAUUUGUCCCCUUCAUUGACCACACCCAGAAGUAAUUGUUUCAUUGAAGCUGGGGAGAGUCCAUGUUAUUGACUUGAAUGUACGUACUGUAUAUUAGAAAAAGCAAAUGUAGUGGAUUCUGGUUAAUUGUAACACAUUGGAUCAGUAUAUUUUGGCCCAAUUAAGCGACUGCCCCAAAUAGCCGAGGUUUCAUAGAAAUAGUUAAAAAGGUAUUUUUUUUAAAAAGACAAACUACUGUUUAACUGAGUAACAAGUUAUGUAUUUGAAUGAAAUACAGAACAAAUUAGAACACUAUUAUUACUACUACAGUCCUAUAAAACUAUUACUUCUGGCCAAGUAUCAGUGACAAGAAUCACUGCUUCUUGAACACACACACACAUAACUGACACUGUUUAAAAACUGUUCACUCUGAGCACAAUGUAGUGUCUAACAGCCACGCAAGUGAACAUGACUAGCACUAGUUAGAAACUGAUCAGCAACAGUCUGCUGUCCCAGUUGAGCAGAUUAGUGUCCCAAAUAAACUAAUAGAAUCCCGGCUAUUUUCUCGAUUAGUUUUUGUUCUAAGAGUUGUCCAAAAUAAAAGGCUGCCCUGGUUAACAGAUGGCCAAAUUGACUGGAAUCCACUGUACUCUUCCUCUGAACCUGUAGUUCCUGUACCCUUGCAGCUCAGAAUUUGUGCUGUGCCAGUGUUAGGAGAGAGAAUCUUUUCAAUUAUGUGUUUAGCGAUGCCUGUAUUUUGAGCCUAGACUGCUGGGUGAAUUUGGAAUGUUGGACUUGAGUUACCCUCUCUAUUUUAAACCACAAGGGUCUGCAAUCACUAGGUAACUUUUACCCUUCAAAUCUGCAGCCACUGUAAGCAAAUUCCAAAUAUCACCUGCCAUUAAAGCAGAGUUCUUUGUGUAUAGGGUUGUAGCAAAAUUGGCUGUUUGGUUUCCAUCCGUUGGAGAAGAGAGUGAAAGCCAGCUCUGUUCUGCCUUCAUAGCUGGGCAUUGUGAAAGCAUCGGUGUAUGGCUGUGACCGCCUUACAACCAACGCCAACCAUGACUGGUACACUAUACCAGUCUCCCAAGAUGGACUCUGGCUAUAUAGAGAUAAAUGUAUGGACCCAGGCCAUGAGUGACCUUGUCCUGAGGUCACUCAUGUUGCUGGAGAAGUAACUCUGCUGGUGAUGCUUUCUGAGCACUUCUCUGUUUUGUCUCACAAGAUUACUUUUGAGCUUUCUGUAAUGCUAUAUUUACCUAAUUGACUCUGUGUUUGCAUACUUCCCUUUUCCCUUUACAUAUGAAAAGAAGUUGCGUCUGUUGUGAACAAAGCUCUUGAAGUUCAUGUUUACACAUAUGUAUACAACUAAACAAAAUAUCAUUCCUUUUGGGCCAAGGUGCAAAACACAGUACAGUACAUAUGGUCGCACAUAGCACAAAUAGUUACAAUAAUUAUAAUUUACAAUAUAAUUUUGAAUUAUAUUGGAGAUAAUUUGGUUUAUGUGCCAUGUGGUCUGGAGGAACACUGAACUCGUUCGUUAAGUGCGUGCUUUAGUUUUCUGUGCACUCAGACUAACAACUGACCAGUUCCACACAUCAUCUGCUUUCACGUUCAGAAUCUGGAAUUGUUGCAAAAUUUGAUCCUUUACCCCUUCGUCUGCACUCUCCAAUCCCACGGAGUGUUUAUCUUGUUAAUUUCUGUUUCCUGUGAAUAUUGGCAGUCACUCUUUCUCUUCAUAAGCCCAUCAUCCCUACUGGGACGUAGACCACUGUCCUCUGUCUUUCAAAUGUAGGUGUAGCACAUCCAUACAUCAUCUAGGCAAAAAAAAAACUUCCUCUCCCAGGGCUGAGAUCUUUGGAGCUUUUGUUGGCAUUUCUGUAGCUUUUACAGGAUGAAAUUGCAAGCUUGAUGCCCGACCUUCCUUCUUUUGCAGCUCUCUGUGGCAGAGUUAAUUAUAAUUCUCUGGGUCUUUAGCUUGACUAGGUAGUUCAGUAUAUUUGCCCAUAGCAGAUGUGAGUUAGUAGCCUUUCCCAAGGGCUGUGGUGAAGUUAUUCACUAGAACAAGGAAUAGGCUGCCAGAUGAAAGGAAAAAGGCAUUUAGGCAUAGGCUAUCAACCCAUCCAUGGCAGUUUUUUAAACACAGUCGAUUAAAAAU